AUGGAGGGAAACUCUGGCGGUGGCGGCGGAAACGACGUCGAAUUGCUCUGCAAAACGCUGCAGGUCGAGCACAAGCUUUUCUACUUCGAUCUGAAGGAGAACCCUCGCGGCCGUUACCUUAAGAUUUCGGAGAAGACUUCCGCCACCAGGUCCACCAUCAUCGUGCCCUUUUCCGGCAUAUCCUGGUUCCUCGAUCUCUUCAAUUACUACGUUAAUUCCGACGACCAAGACCUCUUCAGCAAGGAAUUGCAGCUCGACACUAAGGUUUUCUACUUCGACAUUGGCGAGAAUCGGAGGGGGCGUUUCUUGAAGGUUUCUGAAGCUUCAGUCAGCAGAAACCGUAGCACUAUAAUUGUUCCCGCUGGAAGCUCUAGGGAUGAAGGAUGGGCAGCAUUCAGGAAUAUUUUGGCCGAGAUCAAUGAAGCCUCAAGGCUUUUCAUUCUACCCAAUCAGCAAAAUUCUGAAACCUCAGAGCGUCUUGUUGGACUUUCGGAUGAUGUUGGUGCUGGCUUCAUAUCUGGUCAUAGUAGUCAACCUGCCACUUCUUCUGAGUUGAAUGUGGACAGGUCUGUUGAUUUGCCUCCUCAGGAUGAAAUUGGUAACUUGGGGGUCUCGAAAGUAAUCAGGGCUGAUCAAAAAAGAUUCUUCUUUGAUCUUGGGAGCAAUAAUAGGGGUCAUUUCUUAAGAAUAUCUGAGGUUGCUGGUUCUGAUCGAUCCUCCAUCAUUCUUCCCCUGUCAGGGCUCAAGCAGUUUCAUGAGAUUGUUGGUCACUUUGUGGAAAUAACAAAGGACCGAAUUGAGGGAAUGGCAGUUGCUAAUGUUCGCACAGUUGAUCCCCCUCAAAGAUGA